AUGCCAUGGAUCUCAAGAGAACUCGGUCGCUUAGAUGUUGGACCCUUCACUGAGAAGGACGUUCUGGGCGACAGAAUACCCGAGCUACAAUACACUAGCACUAAGAACUGGGUCAUGGAACGAGGUGGCGUGGAGAUCAAUGUGGGGAAGAAUGUUCCUGGCGCUGUAAACGCAGGCGACAGGGUGCUCGUGCAUUCAAAGACAAUAGUCAGGCCAGAAUGGAUUGAAAUCAUUUGUUGCGUCCCGGACGCUGUAACGAUCCGAGAGAAAGAGUGCGCUCCAUUGGGUGUGAGGCUCUGUCAUGGCUACGACCGUAGGAUGACCCAUCUCGUGACAGAGGAAAUAACCGGAGAGCCAAACCAACUCCCUGUGCUUCUACUGGGCGGAGGUAUCGUCACACCAAAAUGGGUUAAGGAGCUUUUUCGGCGAGCAAACCUGCCGAGAACGGGGAGCUCCCCCGACUUUCAGUCGCCUGCACUUGACGACUAUCUGCCACCUUUUUCUCCUAAUAUUAUCUCGGCAUAUGCAGAACCUGGGCUGUGGACGCAAAAAUUGGAUCGUCGCACACUCUUCGAGGGUCGCCAUUUCGUCUUCCUUUUGGAGGGAGAUUCCCUCUCCUCGUUAUGGAAGAAUAUUAUGGACGCAGGAAAUACAGACUACGAAACGUUUGAUGUACGCAACGGGUCAUCCAAAUGGUCCGGCACUCUCACAUUGCUGCGGGCCAAAGGAAGAGAACAUGCAUUCAAUAUCACUUUGAUUGGGGAUGAAGGCUCUUUGAGCGCUGCGACAGGGAGGAGUUGGAAGGAGUUUAUACGAGUCAUGGAACAAAUUGGACUGCGCCUCAUCCAUUUUUCGAAACUGACCGAGGCUAUUUUGUGGUGCGAUGCAGACGUGCUGAAGAGCGAGUUCGAUCCGGGGACAGUCAACGACAAGUCCGCAGAGAAUAUUCCAGGAACGAUAAGCGAAGCCUCUUCACUAGAGUUGUCGCAAGACAGAUCGAAUAUGCUCCUCAAAAGGCGGGUGCGCCAACCAAGCGCCGAGCCAAUGUCUGGCAGUGACCCUAAUGUUCAGGUCACUUCUCCUUUACUGGCUGAAUCAAUCCCUGCGCUGGAUUCCUCUGUACAAACGCUUCUCGGUCGGAGUAAACUAAAAAGGCGCGAUCGUACACAAAUGUCACAGGCAUCAGAAACACCUACUGUGUCUCUUCUAGACAAACACCGCCAACUCUUCGAAGAAACGGAUCCAGACCGACAUUUUGCAUCUCAAGCCUCUAACGACUUGGUACCAUCAAUCAAUGCGUUGACCCUGGCAGAACGUGUUGAGCUAGCUGAGCGCGAGAGACUCAAAGGGCUCGAAACAGCCACUCAGACACGCAAGCGCAAAGUCGAACAAAUCAUUAAAGAGGAAGAGGAGGACGAGCCUCCUCCCGAAACGGCGGAGUCUGUGGCUGGUCCUCCUCCAAAGAAGCGACCAAACAUUCGACAAGGAACCGUUGAGCUCGAAUCGGUAGUCGAAGUUGAAGAAAGCCACGCUUCUGCGCCAAUUACGAAGUCAAAAGCCCCUGUCAAGAGUGCCAAACCGACACAGGUAGACAAGGAUGCAAAAUAUUUGACCGCUUUAGCGUCAACUCGGAAGGGGAAGAAGAAAGAGGACGCAUUCGAUCGCGACUUCAACAAACUCAAGAUUGCCAAGCCAAGAACAGACGAAAUUGAGCUCGACGAUUUGAAUGCGGCAAUGAUUGCAUGGCAGGCCGCAGACAUUGAUAUGAACCUUCGUGGAAACUUCAUGGUCUGCCAGCCAACGUUAGUGCCACGGGAACCCACCCAGGCUAAACGACGGAAAGAGGGGAAUCCCGAGUGGGUUGGGCGUCCUGACUUUAAAAAGUUCAAAAAGAAAAACUCAGUAAAAAGGAAUAUGGUGCAGUUAGUGGCCAAUCUGGUACUUUCUGAGGAUGAGGAAGAUAGUAGAAGCACCCAGGAGGACGAAGACUUUCAAGAGCUUACCGUGGCAACACAUAGUCGAAAGAAGAAACUGAAGGCCACCCAGGUGCAGGCAGAUAGUGGCGACGAGAGUGACAUACCCGUCAAGCCAUCUACCAGAGGCCGCAGCAAAACUCCGGCGGCUACGCGUCAAACCCAGACACGAAAGACACCGGCAUUAUUCUUUGACGAGUCUGAAGAUGAAAGAAAUCUUGCAGCAGGAAAAUCCUUUGACGAGAGUGAGGAAGAAGAACCUCCGAAAACCACGAAGAAGACUGGGAACAAUAAGCGACCCGUCGUUAUGGCGUUAUCAUCGUCUGACGAGGACGAUCGAAGGAAAAAGAAGGCCCGCCGUCGAUGA